GCGAGGGGGCGGGCUGCCCGGGCCAUGGCGCAUAAAGCCUCUGGCCACCUGCAGGGCUACUGCUGCUCUGGCCACGGACUCGGACUCACCUUGCUGAAGCGGGAGCCUCGGCUUCAAUCAUCUCUGUCGCUGUCUCCUUCAGGCCCUGAGCCCCGCGAACCCGGGCCGCGCACGCGGACAUGGGCGGCAGCGCCAGGGCGCGCUGGGUGGCGGUGGGGCUGGGCGUCUUGGGGGUGCUAUGCGCUGCGCUUGGCGUUGUCAUGAUCCUCGUGGUGCCCUCGCUCAUGAAGCAGCAGGUGUUGAAGAAUGUCCGCAUAGACCCCAGCAGCCUGUCUUUUGCGAUGUGGAAGGAGAUUCCCGUCCCCUUCUAUUUGUCCAUCUACUUCUUCGAGGUGGUCAACCCCGACCAGAUCCUAAAGGGCGAGAAGCCGGUAGUGCGGGAGCGUGGACCCUAUGUCUACAGGGAAUACAGACAUAAGGCCAACAUUACCUUCAACGACAAUGACACCGUGUCCUUCGUGGAGCACCGCAGCCUUCAUUUCCAGCCCGACAGGUCCCGGGGCUCCGAGAGUGACUACAUCGUACUGCCUAACAUCCUGGUCCUGGGGGGUUCGGUAAUGAUGGAAGACAAGUCCUCAGGCCUGAAGCUGAUGAUGACCCUGGGGCUGGCCACCAUGGGCCAGCGUGCCUUUAUGAACCGCACGGUUGGUGAGAUCCUGUGGGGCUACGAUGAUCCCUUCGUGAAUUUUAUCAACAAAUACUUCCCAGAUAUGUUCCCCAUCAAGGGCAAGUUUGGCCUGUUUGUUGGGAUGAAUGACUCGGACUCCGGUGUCUUCACUGUGUUUACGGGCGUCCAGAACUUCAGCAGGAUUCACCUGGUGGACAAAUGGAAUGGACUCAGCAAGAUCAACUAUUGGCACUCGGAACAGUGCAACAUGAUCAACGGGACUUCCGGGCAGAUGUGGGCACCAUUCAUGACACCCCAGUCGUCACUGGAAUUCUUCAGCCCGGAGGCCUGCAGGUCCAUGAAGCUCACCUACCACAAUUCAGGGGUGUUUGAAGGCAUCCCCACCUAUCGCUUCACGGCCCCCAAGACUUUGUUUGCUAAUGGGUCCGUCUACCCACCCAAUGAAGGCUUCUGUCCGUGCCUCGAGUCUGGCAUUCAGAACGUCAGCACCUGCAGGUUUGGCGCACCCCUGUUCCUGUCACACCCUCACUUCUACAGUGCGGACCCUGUGCUCUCCGAAGCUGUGCUUGGUCUGAACCCUGACCCAAAAGAGCAUUCCUUGUUCCUGGACAUUCAUCCGGUCACUGGGAUCCCCAUGAACUGUUCUGUGAAGCUGCAGCUGAGCCUCUUCAUCAAGUCUGUCAAGGGCAUUGGGCAAACAGGGAAGAUUGAGCCCGUGGUCCUGCCCCUGCUGUGGUUUGAGCAGAGCGGGGCCAUGGGCGGCAAGCCCCUGAGCACGUUCUACACGCAGCUCGUGCUGAUGCCCCAGGUGCUUCACUAUGCGCAGUACGUGCUGCUGGGACUGGGCGGCCUCCUGCUGCUGGUGCCCAUCAUCUACCAGUUGCGCAGCCAGGAGAAAUGCUUUUUAUUUUGGAGUGCUAGUAAAAAGGGCUCCCAGGAUAAGGAGGCCGUUCAGGCCUACUCUGAGUCUCUGAUGUCACCAGCUGCCAAGGGCAAGGUGCUGCAAGAAGCCAAGCUGUAGGGUCCCAAGGACACAACGAGCCCCCCAAACCUGAUAGCUUGGUCAGACCAGCCACCUGGUCCCUACACCCCGCUUCUUGAGGACUCUCUCAGCGGACAGCCUGCCAGUGCCACAGCCUGAGCCCCUAGAUGUCACACCUGUCCACACGGCACACAUGUGCACAGACGUGUGCAGAAACACUCAGGGUCCAGGGACAGAGUCGCUGCUGAGGCCGCCUGGUGGCUACAGACGCUCUCGUCUAAGUGGCUGUGAACCAGGCUGCAGGGACCACAACUGCCACAGGCCCCUCCUGUGGGGGGCUGGCCCUGCCCAGGCCCUCCACUUCAUGCUGCCCUGUCUUCCUCCCUCAGGCUGAAAGCCUCAGUCCCCACAGAAGACAGAUCUGUCACUCCUAGGGACUGGGCAUACUUUGGCCUCCCUGUGCCAAGGCCAGGCAAGCAGUUCCAGGUCCCGACGGGUCUACACACACACCCUGGAGCUGUGUCUGGCCCUUUUCCUCCAGUCUCUGCCGUGUCACCUAAACACUGAACUGGCCGCUGCAAGUGGCCAAGGUGGCAGGCCCCUCAGGGUCCUAAGUUUUCAGGUGUGGUGACAAAGGUAGAGAGGCGUGGACCAUCCACCCUGGCACUUUGUCCCCUGGUAUCUGGCCUGGUUGCCUGGUGCACCUCCCUGGACGGUGGGGGACAAGGAGGCUCAUUGCCCGCAUCUGCCCCUUUUUCUACUGGAAGAGAAAUUUUAUCAUCUUUUGGAACUCAUGACUGAAGCAAUAAAUCUUUUCACGAAUUCAA